AUGGCGCCUCACGUCCUCAGUACGUCGCCCAUCAUGGAUAAUGGACGGACACACAAGGCAGUUGCCAAGGCACCACCUGUAAAAGAAGCCAGCAACAACGAUCUGAAAACUCGGCUCGCUUGUCUGUUCCACGAAAAUAAUCUUGCAAAGGUCAUCAGUGUGGCCAAGACACUCCUCGAGAACAAUGAUCCUCCUACCAGAUUUCCAGAAACAGUACCGCAAACAGGUACUGACCGAGGGGUGUACCGAUGCAGAGACGCCGAAUUCUGGACUUGUGGCUUUUUCCCCGGUAGCCUGUAUUGCCUGCUUGAACGUAUGAGGAAGUAUCCUGGUGCAAGCUUGCAAAGCCUCCCAGAGGGUCCACAUAUAGCACCUAGUGAACAUUCAAGAGGAAUCCGGAAUCAUGAUAUCCUCAUUUCUCAACUUACCGAUCUGUGUCGGAAAUGGUCAGAGCCAUUGCAUGCCAUGUCCCUUCGACAGGACACCCAUGAUAUCGGAUUUAUUAUCCAACCUGCCCUGCAAAGAGACUGGGAGCUCUUCGGAAACAAACGAAGUUUGGACUCUAUUCUUACCGCGGCCGAAAGCCUUGCUACUAGAUUUGACGAGCGUGUCGGGGCGAUUCGAAGUUGGGAUCGGUUCACUAAUGUCCACCAUGACAUCAAAAGCAUGGAUGAUGACUUCCUGGUGAUCAUAGAUAGUCUGUGCAAUCUUGAUCUAUUGUUUUACGCCGGAAACUAUCUCCAUUCUGAACGCCUACUAUCUAUAGCAUCCACCCAUGCUACUACCCUACUAUCGACUCAUCUCCGACUCGAGUCCGGGCCAAGCGGUGAAAAGCGUUACUCUACAUAUCAUGUCGUAAACUUCGCUCCAUCGAAGGAAGGAAAUGUCAAGCAAAAGCUCACCGCACAAGGCUACUCCGACACCUCGACAUGGGCCCGUGGUCAAGCGUGGGCGAUCUUAGGAUACGCUCAAACGUAUACUUGGACUAAGAACGUCGAGUUUCUUGACGCUGCUAAGGGGCUUGCUGACUACUUCAUACAGCGCCUGGAAUCCUCUCCACCAGUUGUGGAACAGGAAGGUCGGGGACGUUACGUUCCGUUAUGGGACUUUGACGCGCCGAUCACUCAUACAGGCACCAACGGUGAUCAGGGCCCAUUGCGGGAUGUUUCCGCUGGAUUAAUCGCUGCCAAUGGGAUGCUGAUAUUGUAUGGACAACUAGCAGGGAUUGGGGAACUAGUGGAGGCAAAACGGUACUUAACAUAUGCGCUGAAUAUCGCAAAGGAUACUGUGGAACUCGCAUAUAAUCGAGAUGAGAUGCGGCUGAGGCGUUGUGAGCAGGAUGGGGUGACGAAAAUUCAAUCAUACGAGGCUACCAAGGGCCAUCGCUUUGAAGCAAUACUUGAGAAGUCAACAGCCAAUUUUAAUGGCAACCACCCUGAUCGUUCUUGGGAUCAUGGCUUGGUGUAUGCGGAUUACUACUUUCUUGAGCUCGGGAAUCGCCUUUUAGACAUGGGGUUGCUUUGA